AUGGAACAAGCGGAGUGGAACGCGAAACUCCCCACCCUAUCGCAGCACGAGGGUUUCUGGCCCCUUGCCAAAGCCGUCCACGAGCAUUACCACACCUCUGAGAAGCUCUUCCGGGCGGUAGGGAGCGACGGAGGCAUGGCGCUCGUUCCCAAGGUUUUGGCAAAGACAGGUAAAACACGCUCGCCCGACUUGGCAGAGCGGGCGAGGAUCCGCAACGCCGCGUUUUGCGUGGCAGAGUUCGGCGCCGAGGGGCACACGACGGCCAAAGAUGAGUGGUACCACCCCAAUCAGGAGAGGGCAAACAACGGUUCCGCUCAGGCCAGGGAGUGGGUUGCCUACCUGGCGAGGUGCGUCGACGGGGGCACAGAGCGGCUUCUUUUCAGUCCUUCCAUUCAGGGGCACACCAUUUCCAGCGCCAACGGUAACGAGUUCCGAGGGGUUGAGUCGGUCAGCCUGGCAUUCAACCUGACCAACUUUGAGCCCCUGUCGUCGACCAUCAACGAGCGCUGGUGUGGACUGCACAGGGCGCUGGUUGGGGAGAAUAACAAGUUCAGGAAGAUCUUCUUUCUGUCCAGCCUCCUUUACGCGGAGCAGUCGGAUCGGGAGAUUGUUCAGGCUUUGAUGGCGAUUGCCACGAUGUCGGCCCUCUCUCGAGCAGACAUGUUGCCACCAUCAGACGAGCAAUUCAAUUUGUGCAUCAGUAGAUCGACCUUGUCAGGCGACCUGCACAACAUCGUCCGCAAUGGCUCGAAACAGCAACAAGAGUGCCCAGAAUGGCAGUGGGAAAGGGGCUUACGGGAGUCGCCUAGGAAUUUCCAAAGCAGGCGAGAUCGAGGAUGGUCAUCUAAGCGGACCGAGAUGAAGGAGAAGUUCGUCUCUGCGCUGAUGCGCCAGAUUCAGUACUCGUGGACGAUCAGCGUUCCAACCGACCACGCCUACAACACCCAUCUCAAUGUCGACACGAUCAUGCUCCGGGCACGAGAGAAAGUUGAAAUGGCACGAAGGACCGAGGCCUUCGAUCGGUAUCUGGAUUCGGUGAUGAAUCAUCUCAGACAGGCAGCGGUCACCGAGCACAGCAACCUGCUCGUGCUGCCAACUCUCAGCACGGUCCGACCACGUUCAACACUCGGUUUCAUCUCCGCCAUGUCGCUGUUCGUGCAACAAGCACCGUUUUCGGAGAGCCCACAUCUUGAACUCCUUCCCGAGUUGUGUACUGAAUCUCAGGCGGUAGAGCAGUCGCACGCUCACCUGGCCGCCCUCGUGGGCGAGCUUCAGAUCGCUGGCAAUCUCCAGGACCACCAGAGAAGCUACAUCAAGGAGCUUCGCCACAGCAUGGCCAGCCCGGGCCCCCCUCGACGCCGCAUGGUUGUCCAGCCAGACGACCCGACCAUCCGCCCAACUCUCGAGCAGCACCUCCAAGCAGCGCGAACAGAGCACAACGCCAUCAACACCCGCGUCAACCUCGCCGCAACAGGCACCUCCCUCGCCCACCAGCUCAGCAAAACCGCCAGCCUCUACCCCCGGCUCUCCCCCGUCUUCUUCCUCCAGCGCCUCACCCGCACCUUCUGGCCCAGCCUGCCACCGCUCUGGCGUCAAUCCCUCGUCAACCUCGCCCUCGCCAUCAUCCACCUCCAACGGGCCUCCCGCCUGGCCAGCCACGCCCGCGACCUCCCCGCCCGCUGGAGCGACCUGCAACGCGAGCUGUCCAACCCGGGCGACCACGCCAACCCCUCGUGGGACCCGCUCAUCUACCCCGAAGGCCUGUUAUUGGAGAUUGAGCAGGAUAUCCUGAUCCGUCCGGUGCAGAACGCCAUCGCGGCCGAGAUGCGCUCCCCGCCGAACGGAAAGAACGCGGUCAUGCAGCUCAACAUGGGCGAGGGCAAGUCGUCGGUCAUUGUUCCGCUCGUCGCGGCCGCGUUGGCGGAUGGGGACAGCGUGGUCCGCGUCGUGGUGGCCAAGCCACAGGCGAGUCAGAUGACGCACAUGCUUGUGGGAAGAUUGGGGGGUUUGGUGAAUCGGAGGGUAUUUUAUCUGCCGAUUUCGAGAUCGGUGCAGCCGUCGAUGGACGAUGUUGAGACUCUUAGGGGAAUAAUUAAGAAGUGUAGGACGGAGGGCGGGGUGCUGCUUGUUCAGCCGGAACAUCUGCUUUCAUUCAAGCUCAUGGGGAUUGACAAGAGCGGGACGGAAGGGGAGGGGGAAAAUUCGUUGGGAAGGCAAAUCACGCGGCUGUACAAGGACUUCGAGUCCGUCUCCCGCGACAUUGUCGAUGAGAGCGACGAGAACUUCAGCAUCAAGUUCGAGUUGAUCUACACCAUGGGGUCGCAGGAGGCGGUUGAGAUGAGCCCCGACAGGUGGAUUCUGAUUCAGGACCUUCUCCUCAUGACAGAGAAUGUGGCUCGCAGGUUGAUGGCACCGAGCGCGCUGGGAUCAAGCGUGUCUCAGGGCCUGCUUCUCGAAGACGACGCCGUUCCAGGACGAGUUCCCAAGAUCCGCGUGUUGGAGGAGUCUGGGGGCCAGCAACUCAUCACGGCCCUUGCGAAUGAGGUGUGUAGCAUCGGCAUCACGGGUCUGCCAGCCCACCACCAGACUGAGGACAUGCGGCAAGCAGUUCUGAACUACAUCCUGCUCGAACGCCCAUCAGAGACCGACAUCGAGAUGGUUGAGAACACCGAUACGCGCUUCUUCAGCAACUCAACCACCAAAGCGGCCCUUUCUCUUCUCCGCGGCCUCCUCGCCAAGGGCGUCCUCCUGUUCGCCCUGGGGCACAAGCGGCACAGGGUCAACUACGGCCUCGCCCCGGACCGUCGGCCGCCGACCAUGCUGGCCGUGCCGUACCGCGCCAAGGACAUGCCCUCUGCACGAUCUGAGUUCAGCCACCCCGAUGUCGUCAUUGUGCUGACGUGCCUGAGCUACUACUACGGCGGUCUGUCUAACGCCGAACUCUACACGUGCCUGGAGCUGCUAGCCAAGUCGGACCGGAGCGAGGAGGAGUAUUCAGAAUGGGCAGCCAAGUCCCCAACCCUGCCUCCGUCGUUUCGCCACUUUUCCGCAAUCAACCUCAGAGAUCGGCCCCAGUGUGAGGGCGAGGUCUUUCCUGGGCUGAAAUAUUCCCGGCCAGUCGUCGACUUCUACCUCCGGAGGGUUGUGUUUCCCAAAGAACUGAAGCAGUUUCCCUCCAAGCUCUCGGCAUCGGGCUGGGACUUGGCACGGUGCAAAGAGCAGCCCCUGACGGGGUUCAGCGGCACGAACGACUCCAAAGGCGUUCUUCCGCUGUCGAUCCAGGCUCUCGAUCUCCAGCCGCACACCAACGCCUCGGUCCUCAGCACCCUGCUGCGUGAGGAGAACAUGGUCCUGGAGCUGGGUGACAAAGGAGCGUCGCAGCUCACAGCCUUGACGGAAAAAAUGCUUCUCGGUGCGUUGGCCAGUUCAGACCCGGAGAUCCGUGUUGUCCUCGAUGUUGGGGCCCAGAUCAUCGAGAGCAGCAACUUCCAGAUGGCCAAGAGCCUGCUCGGCAACGCUCCCACGAGCAGCACUGACGCGGCCAUCUUCUUCAACGACAACGACGAGCUCUCGGUCCUCACCCGCAACGGCGUGGUUGACUCGUUUCUCACAUCGCCGUUCGCCGCCCACACGGAUCGCUGCCUCGUGUUCCUCGACCAAGCGCACACCCGCGGCACCGACCUGAAACUGCCUGACAACUACCGCGCCGCCGUAACGCUUGGCCCGGGGGUUACCAAAGACACGCUCGUGCAAGCGUGUAUGCGGAUGCGCAAGCUCGGCCAGGGGCAGUCGGUCAGCUUCAUUGUGUCCCCCGAGAUGCAGAAGCGCAUUCGAGGCCUGCGCAACAUCACGGAUGGUCGGCCGCUCGCUGUCUCAGACGUUCUCGCCUGGGCCAUCUCGGAGGCGUGGGACGAAACAGUGCGGAGCGUGCCCCUGUGGGCGACUCAGGGGAUCCGCCACCUCCGCCAAGAGGCUAUCUGGAAGGAGACAGACACAACAGGGGGGUUCACUCGCUCCAGCGUCAAGGAGUACCUCGAGCCCGACGCCAUGUCCCUGGAGCAGCGCUACAGCCCGGGGCCAGCCACAACUCACGACACCAUCACCACCCUGAUGGCAAGCCUCAAGUUGGACGCCGAGCCCAGCCCAGAGAACACCGAGCUCGCCGCGAUCAAGACCAAGCUGCUCGCCUUCAGGCAGUCCACCCGCACCUCUUCCUCCACUUCCCCAACCCUCCAAGAAGAGCAGGAGCGUGAGCUCGCCCCAGAGAUUGAACAAGAGCGCCAAGUCUGCCGGCCCCCGCCGCGCAAAGCCCGCGCACACAACCUCCACGCGGACGUCGUCCACCUCGCGCGCACCGGCACCAUCAGCGCCGGCAGCUCCGCCUUCGUCCCGGCCUUCACCACUCUCUCAACCACCAGCGCGGCCGCCCUCUUCGCGGACGACCUCUCCGCCUUCCCCACCGACCUCCUCGCCACGCGCGACUUUACCCUCACUGUCGAGUUCAGCCAGAAGAGAGACGACACCGACCCCUACCUCUCCGACGCCCACCAGCGCCCAGUCCAAUGGCUCCUCCUGACCCGCCCCUCCACCGACCCCGACCACUCCCGGACGAUGGUUAUCAUCAGCCCGCACGAAGCCGCCCUUCUCAAGCCCACUCUCGCGUCCUCCACCUCCCCCGUCUCCCUCCACGCCUACCACCCCCGCCUGACCCUCUCGCACCGCACGAUGGAACACCUCAACACCUACACAGUCCCCGUAUGCGCCUCCACCUGGCGCCCCCCCCCAGACUCCCUCAUCACGCAGCUCAACCUCUUCGCGGGCCAGCUCUACUUGCGCAACUACGCCGAGUACGUGCGGAUGUGUCGGUACCUGGGUCUGUCGUACACCAAGAACAGCGGGGAGGAGAAGGGGGAGAAAGAAGAGGAAGCACAGGAAGAGAAGAAAGAGGAGGUGUGGGAAGUGAAGGAAGAGGAGGUGUGGGAAGUGAAGGAGGAAAAGGAGGAGGAAGAGCAGGAAGGGGAAGGGGAGAUUGAGGUCAAGUUGGAAACGGGCUUGGAUGUUCUGUGA